CUUCUGGAGUCGUCAUCACAUCAGUCUGACAAACGCAGAAGUUGUGCAUAACGCUUUUUUAUCGCUGGAUAAAGUCGCGUCUCACACGCGCACGCGUCUCUCCGUUCCGUUCUUCGCCCAGCGCGUCUAAAAACAUUUUAAAAAACACUUGGAAAAAUCCCCCUUUUUUCUUCUUUGGGAAUCGCUUCAUGUCUGUUGUCCAAGAGAAAACGUGUCGAGACAGACAUCGUCCUUCAAGAGCAAGAGAGAAGCUCUGAGGAACUUCACGUCAAGUUAGUGCAACCUUAAUGCGUUUUAUUUCGUUUUAAUCGUUGAGUUUAGCGUGUUUGGAAGAACGCUCACCGCUGACGUCACGACUGUGGCCCCGCCCCCUCAUCGCUCAUCCCACAAUUAUACGUUCUGAACUUCUAUCUGCAUCCCAACUGGUUCCAGACCGGUAACCAUGGCAACCCGAGGCCACGCCUCCAGCUCGUUAAUGAGCAACCACACCAAAGAGCGAGUGACCAUGGCUAAGGUCACCCUGGAGAACUUCUACAGCAACCUCAUAACACAACACGAGGAGAGGGAAAUGAGACAGCAAAAACUGGAAAAGGUGAUGGAUGAGGAAGGACUGCCUGAUGAAGAGAAGCGCAUGCGCCGCUCCCAACACGCUCGUAAGGAGACAGAGUUCCUGCGGCUGAAGAGAACCAGACUGGGUCUGGACGACUUCGAGUCGCUGAAGGUGAUUGGACGAGGAGCGUUUGGGGAGGUGCGUCUGGUUCAGAAGAAAGACACAGGACAUGUUUACGCCAUGAAGAUUCUUCGCAAAGCUGACAUGCUGCAGAAAGAGCAGGUGGGUCAUAUCCGAGCGGAGCGGGACAUCUUGGUUCAGGCAGACAGUCUGUGGGUGGUGAAAAUGUUCUACAGUUUUCAGGACAAACUCAAUCUUUACUUACUCAUGGAGUUCCUGCCCGGAGGAGACAUGAUGACGCUUCUGAUGAAGAAGGACACGCUGACGGAGGAGGAGACGCAGUUUUACAUAGCUGAGACGGUUCUGGCCAUCGACUUCAUCCAUCAGCUGGGCUUCAUUCACCGAGACAUCAAACCAGACAACCUGCUGCUGGACUCCAAGGGUCACGUCAAGCUGUCUGAUUUCGGCUUGUGUACGGGACUCAAAAAGGCACAUCGGACCGAGUUUUACCGCAACCUGAAGCACAGCCAAUCAAACGACCUCACGUUUCAGCACAUGAACUCCAAGAGGAAGGCCGAGACGUGGAAGAGAAACCGGAGGCAGCUGGCCUUCUCCACGGUGGGAACGCCGGACUACAUCGCACCAGAGGUCUUCAUGCAGACCGGAUACAACAAGCUCUGCGAUUGGUGGAGUCUGGGCGUCAUCAUGUACGAGAUGCUGAUUGGCUACCCUCCGUUCUGCUCGGAGACUCCUCAGGAGACGUAUAAGAAGGUGAUGAGCUGGAGGGAGACGCUGGUGUUUCCUCCCGAGGUGCCGAUCUCGGAGCGAGCGAAGGCUCUGAUCCUGCGCUUCUGCUGUGAGGCGGAUCAUCGCAUCGGAGCGGCCGGCGUCGACGACAUCAAGAGGAACGGCUUCUUCGAGGGCGUGGACUACGACCACAUCAGAGAGAGACCCGCUGCGAUCCCCAUCGAGAUCAAGAGCAUCGACGACACGUCCAACUUUGACGAGUUCCCCGAGUCCGACAUCCUGCAGCCGUCCAGUCCAGCGGUGGCCAGCAGUCAUCAUCACCCCGAGUCAGACCUGAAGAACAAGGACUGGGUCUUCAUCAACUACACCUACAAGCGCUUCGAGGGUCUGACGGCCAGAGGAGCCAUCCCUGCCUACAUGAAGAGCGCCAAGAGAUGACAACAGAUCAGUUCUUAUGCUUCUGACACACACCAGAAGACGCACACUUCUCUAGAAGUGAUAGAAGAGGUUUAGCUUUACAUGUAGAAACACAUUGUGCCUUAUGUCCGUUUGGGCUAGAAAGCCUCACUUGUCCCCCUCAGCGCAGACAAUCAUGUUUAUUUUAGAUUAGAAUGACAAACUGUGGGAGCAUGGUGUGUUUUAGCAUGUGAAUGUGUGUUUGCAGCUUUCUGGCAUCGGUACGAUCAGUGAUUUAUUUAGGGUACGAUCGGUCACUUCGUGUAAACACCACGGGUUACACACCGUUCAGUUCAAUUGUAGUUUUUCUCAUUUAGCAUGCAGUGCAUCAUGGAUAUUUUUGUAUUGAUAUUUAACCGUGAGCUGUUUUGGUAAUGUGUGUUUAUAUCCUUGGCAUCUGUGCUUUUAACUUUUAUAAAUAUAUGCAAUAAAGAUGAUGCAUGCUUUUUAA